AUGCCCGCUCGCCCGUGCCUUCUGCUUGCUGCUGCUCUCUCUGCAGCAGCAGCAGCAGAUUCAUUUGUGGGUAUCCCGGUGCCUCAGCUGCUGAGCGUGAGGCCUCCCCAGCCUGAUCUGGACCCGCAGCAGCAGCAGCAGCAGCAGCUGCUGCUGCAGCAGUUCCCGCCGCAGCAACAGCUGCAAGAUAGCCUCGGCGAUCUUCCUGUGGGGCCACUGCAGCAGCAGCAGCACUUCCCAGGCACUCCGCUGCAUCAGGUUUCGCAGCAGCUGCCCCAGCUCCCAGUACAUCAGCCGCAGCAGCAGCAGCAGCAACAGCAGCCGCAGCAGGAGCCCCUGCAGCAGCUGCAGCAGCUGCCGUCCCCGCUAUCUGGGCCUCUGCAGCAGCAGCUGCAGCAGCUUCCUUUGCCUCUGCAGCCUCUACAGCACCUGCAGGAGCCCCUGCAGCAGCUGCGGCUGCUGCCACAGCAGCUGCAGCAGCCCCUGCAGCAGCUGCAGCAGCCUCUGCAGCAGCUGCAGCAGCUACCUCAGCAGCUGCAGCAGCCGCUGCAGCAGCUGCAGCAGCUACCUCAGCAGCUGCAGCAGCCGCUGCAGCAGCUACCUCAGCAGCUGCAGCAGCCCCUGCAGCAGCUGCAGCAGCUGCCACAGCAGCUCCUGGGGAGUGGCAUGCCUCUGGGACCUCUGGGGCUGCGGGGAGACAGCAGCAGCAGCAGCAGCAGCGACGGCAGCACCACCAAACUCUCUUUGCUGCCUCUCGAGUUUGAGGGCCUCCCGUGGGGCCCCCUGGGUCUUUUGAGGUCCCGGCUUCCUGCUGCUGAAGCUUAUGGGCUGGGCAGCAGCCAGCAGCAAGCAGCAGGAGCGCUUGAUGCUGCUGCUGCAGCAGCACCCGCAGCACCUGCAGCAGCAGCAGCAGCAGGCCUCUCCCCCGUUGCAGAAGCUGUGCAGACCCUCGCCCCCUUGCUGCCGCAAGAAGCAGCGCAGCAGCUAGCUGGGGACUUGCUGGGAGCAGCACCUGCGGAUUUGCUGCAGCCGAAGAACGUGCUGCAGCAAGCAGCAGCGGCAGCAGUAGCAGCAACUGCAGCAGCAACUGCUGCGCUGCCACAAACCCCCUUCUUGCCAGAAGAAGAGGCCCACAAGACUGCAGAAGCAAUUCUGUCGAUGGCGCCUUUUGCUUCUGUGGGGGCCCCUGCUGCUGCUGACGGUGCUGCUGCUGCUGCUGCUGCACCCAACCCCGCUGCUGCUGCUGCUGCUGCACUGCAGCAGGGCUUCCUGUCUCCGACCGUGGGCACCUACGACUACCAACUGCCUGCUGCAACAGAGCCACUAAGCAUCUUUCACUGA